AACGCAAUACAGACUGAUACAGUUGGCAGUAAUUUUCGAAUCAGCUGAUCAAGUGACGUUUCUGCUUUUAUUAUUAAUCGAUUAACCUAACCUAAAACUUUUGCAACAAAACUUUGAUAUGGAUAUUUUUAUGAAAAUAUAUAUUAAUUGAAAAACUUAUAAAAUACAACAAUAAAUAUAGCAAAAAGCUUUAGUUUCUUAGUAUUGAUUGAAGAAAUUUGAUAGAAUUUUCAUGGCGUUGAAAGGGCUACGUUCAGUUCUUAUUGAUUUGAGUGGAACCUUGCAUAUUGACAAUGAAAUAACACCGGGAGCUGUAGAUGCUCUUAAAAGGCUGAGAGAAACCAACGUGAUAAUAAAAUUUGUUACCAACACAACUAAGGAGUCAAAACGAUUUUUGUAUGAGCGACUGUGUAACCUUGGAUUCGAUUUGAAGCAUGAUGAAAUUCUGACCUCGCUGCUGGCUGCCAGACAGGUAUUGCAAGCCGAAUCGCUGAGACCCAUGUUGCUGGUCGAUUCUGCUGCUCUCGAGGAUUUCGAAGGACUGACCAACUUUGACGGAGAGCCUGAUUCAGUGGUAGUUGGAUUGGCACCGGAACAUUUCAAUUAUGAUAAAUUGAAUAAAGCCUUUCGGCUCCUGCUGGAGGGCGCGAAGCUGAUAGCAAUCCAUGAAGGCCGUUACUACAAGAGGCCAGAUGGUCUUUCACUGGGGCCGGGACCGUUCGUCAAAGCUCUGGAGUAUGCGUCGGGCGGUCAGGCUACGGUGGUCGGCAAACCCUCCGCGGAGUUCUUUCACAUCGGGUUGAGUGGGGUGCAUCCUGAUAGUGCUGUUAUGAUCGGCGAUGAUGUAAACGAUGACAUUAAUGGAGCACAAAGGAUUGGAAUGCACGGCUAUCUGGUACAGACGGGCAAAUACCGACCCGGAGACGAAGACAAGAUAUCGCCCAAACCUUUCAGAACUGUGCCGAAUUUUGCAGCCGCCGUCGAAGAUAUCAUCAAGGAAAUGAAUAGUUGAUAGUUGUCUUCCAUUUUGAUUGGAAAUGAAUAAUAUGAACAUAUUGUACAUAAAUAACUAUGAUAUAUCGUGUUUGAAAAUUGAUGUUAAUGUUUACAAUACAUUUGAACACAAACGUGGUACCAUAUAAUUUAUUAUAUGUAUGUUGUUAAGUGGUAUGAUAAUACUAUUUGUAUGGCUUUUACUGUUAGAGAGGUUAAACUUCAUCUAACAGUCAAUAUUACAAAAUUGAAAGUUUUGCAUGAAAAUAAUAGUCUUUGUUGAAUAAACAGUUUUAUGUUUCAAAGAGUUUCCUUUCCUUGGUUGGGGAAGAAUACUAUAGUGAAGUUCACUCCAAACUUUCAGCAUUAUUUAUAUAAAAAACCAAUGCUUCCCAAAUCUUACUAUAGGAAACAAAACAAAUAAUGUAAUAGCUGUAUGUUAUUAAAGUGAAAUAAAAAUGAAUUUUUGUAUGGA